GGCUCGGGAUGGGGUGGCUGCGGGGGGUUGGAGGGUGGCCAGGUGGCCCCGACCCCAUGGGAUCCUCGCGGGGUGCGGCGCUGAGAAGGCUCAGAGGUCGGGGACAGGGGCAGAGUGUGUGUCUUGCGGCUACUGAGGCUUCCCUAGGGAAAGGGACUCAGAUGCAGGUGGACGCCUCUGGGAGACCCCUGUGGGGACUGUGCGCCCCCCCUCCCCCGUGGGUGUGACAAAGACCGAGUCAGAAACAGACUCGCCAUUGCUCAUGCCCCAGAUGUUUAAAGGAAGUAAGACAGGCAAACCCCAAACCUACCCCCUGGAAAAGAUUCAGACAGGCCUGCCAAGAAGAAUAGCUCAUCCUGAAGAGUCACCGUUAUUCUACAAGAGCUUUUUUCUCUAACCCGUAUGUAUAAAAAAACAAAAAUUCUCUGCAAAGUUCAGCCAGGAGAGCACUUUUUGGAGCCUCUGCCACCUGACAGAAAUGUCCGGUUCCAUCUUGCCUCACCCCACCCCAUACCCCGUCCGGGAGAGUGAGGACCAGACUCUACCUCUCCCAGGGGUAGGGAGAGGAGGCCUGGCGCAAGGUAGGACACUGGUGCUAGGACGGUUUGGAUGGAUGUGAAUCGGGUCCGGGCUGCUCCCUCAGCAGGAAGUGGCCUUUCUAUCUCCGGGACCCGCAGGCCUGCCUGGAGACCCAGACUCCAAGCAGACACACAGCCCGCCCUUCCUUCCACUCCCUGCCACUCUGAGGACGUGUGCGGGGCUGUGACUGGCUGGCCACUACCCAGAGGCCACCGUCGGCCCUCACUGCCCCCAAAGCCCUCUGCCUCCACUGUCCAUCCUGAGCCCAGCCCAUGCCCACUGAUGGCCCCUGGGCUUCCCGCUUCUUCACCCCACACAUGCCUUUCCCCCUUGGGGGGCUCCCCGGUCCUUCCAUCCCGCCAACCGUCUCCGUGGACAUCCAGACCAGAUUGACCGCACGCUGCUCCUCUUACUGGUUCCUACAGAGUGCCUCCGCGCGGCGCCUCUGAGAGGCCCACUCAGUCCCCCUGCCUGGGCUGCCCCCGGCUCCACACACUGCCCGCAUCCAGCCUUCCCCCUGCAUUUCCUGGACCCCUUCUGCAGCCAGCUGGCCUUCCUGCCACGGCCCCUUGCCUCUCAGAACCCUCCCAUGCGGGCAGCGUCUCAUCUUUGAGGGAGGGUCCCUGUUUGCCAGGGUUGCCUUUACUAUGUCUGUUCUUGCUACCCAGUAGGGACCGUCUCGCUGAGGCCGAGGCAGCCAGCCCCUCCUCUGCUCCUUGACCCUCACCCCUUCGCCACUAAAGCAGCCUUUAGUUCACUGGGUGAUAAUCACCUGCUGAGACUGCUCCCCCACUGGGUGAUAAUCACCCCCCGAAGCUGCUCCCCCACUGGGAGCGGCAGAGCAGACCCUCACCACUUCCAUCUCUGAGGCCUGAGUACCAGAUGCAGCCUGACCUCAGAGCCCAGUAAGCACCUACUGGACGGAGUGCAGAGGACGGAUCCUCUGAGGGGGCGAAGCCUGUGACUCUCACCCGUCCGCUCACUUCUGUGAUGUGUGGGAGAAGAAAAAAGAAAAACAAGGAGGAAGGCACCCCAAAAGAGAGAGCUCUCCCCCGCCUCCCGGACCUUCCCACGGAACCCUUUUAGAGAUUGACAUGGAUAGAUCCAACUUGGCCCCUUCCCACAGCCACUGACCUUGCCUGGCUCCCACCAUGAGCGCAGAGCUCAACGUGCCUGUGGACCCCUCCACUCCCGCCUGCUCUGAACCCGGCCACAAGGGCAUGGAUUACCGAGACUGGGUCCGCCGCAGCUACCUGGAGCUGGUCACGUCCAACCACCACUCCGUGCAGGCCCUGUCCUGGAGAAAACUCUACCUGAGCAGAGCCAAGCUGAAGGCCUCCAGCCGGACCUCUGCCCUCCUCUCGGGCUUUGCCAUGGUGGCCAUGGUGGAGGUCCAGCUGGAGACGCAGUACCAGUACCCGCGGCCGCUGCUCGUCGCCUUCAGCGCCUGCACCACGGUGCUGGUGGCCGUGCACCUGUUCGCCCUGCUCAUCAGCACGUGCAUCCUGCCCAACGUGGAGGCCGUGAGCAACAUCCACAACCUGAACUCCAUCAGCGAGUCCCCGCACGAGCGCAUGCACCCCUACAUCGAGCUGGCCUGGGGCUUCUCCACCGUGCUGGGCAUCCUGCUCUUCCUGGCCGAGGUCGUGCUGCUCUGCUGGAUCAAGUUCCUGCCCGUGGACGCGCGCCGCCAGCCCGGCCCCCCGCCCGGCCCCGGCGGCCACACGGGCUGGCAGGCCGCCCUCGUGUCCACCAUCAUCAUGGUGCCCGUGGGCCUCAUCUUCGUGGUCUUCACCCUCCACUUCUACCGCUCCCUGGUGCGCCACAAAACCGAGCGGCACAACCGCGAGAUCGAGGAGCUGCACAAGCUCAAGGUGCGGCUGGACGGGCACGAGCGCAGCCUGCAGGCGGUGUGAGCGCGCCGCGCCCCUGCCCCACCCCCGGCCCGGCCCGGCCCGGCCCGGCGCGGGCGUGGAGCUGCCGGCCAGGCCGCCCCGACACUGCCGCGCCGUUCCAGACCAAAGUCUUACCCCCGUCCUCGCACCAGAAAGCCUGGCCGUCUGGGCCUCCUGCAGAAAAUGGCGAUCUGUAGAAAAAGAGAGACUCUGUUGCUAAGAGCUGAGAGCAAAACCGCCUGAGUCCUGGGGCCUGGGGAUUCCCUGCGGCAGGAGACGAGUGUCACGGGCAGGCUCGGUGCUCGGGGGAGGGCUGAGGGUUUCAGAGAAGGGACUGCGCCGUGCCACCUGGGGUGUGGGUCUCAAUGUGCCACCCUGCUGCAAGGAGAUGGGGUGCAGGCCCACAGCUUGGCCUGGUGCUUCGCUCCCCUGUCCUGGGGGGAUUAGGUGGCCGGGCUGACGGGGGAGGGCAGGAGCUGGGGUCCCAGGUCCGCUCAGCGGGCGCAGUAGGCGCUCAGCCGGGCAUCGGACUGGUCUCGCCCCCAGGGAAGACUUCCAAGGACAGAGGCCUGGCCGGGCCGGGAGGUGCGUCUUUGGGCAUCCCAUGGGAGAUGCCCACCUACAGAGACCUUUAACUGGGUGCUCUGGGGCACACUGGGCUCAAGUUCUCUCUGCCUAGCCAGCCUGGAGCCCUGGGCGUAUUAACCCAGCAAAGUCACCAGGUUGGGGAAAGGGUUCACAGUCCAGAGGCCUCCAUCUACAAACUAGCUUCUGAACCCAUGUCAGCAGCCCCUCCAGGCUACAGCUGCCAAAGGCCCUUGCCCAGAGAGCGGAGCAUGCUUCCUAGCUCCCCGCUGCCUGUGACCCCAGGAGGAGGGAGGGUGUGGCCUGGGGGACUUCCUCUCUAGACAAGGUCUGUUGGCCUGAUCCGGCUCAUCCAUUUCCACGGCCGCGCACGUACAUACUACGGCUCAGCUUAGGGGUGAGCAUGCUGCACCCCGAGCUGCUUUCCAAACCCACACUUCCCACAGCGGCCAGCAGCAGCCCGGACAGGGAGCCUGCCUUGUUUCCCAUCAUCGUGGGACGUCAUGCUCUGAGGGCGUCUCUGUGGGGUCUGGGUGACCCGUGCCGAGAAAUCCCGGCUGGCCUGGCUGUGGCUGCAGGGAACGUGACGUACCAUUGAGGACAUAAACCUUAACACAUAACCAAAAUGCCACGGGGCUGUCUGGGAGCCGUGCCGGGAGUCGCCGUGGUAAGUCGGGAGGUUACGGGAGUCCAGACGUCGGGUUCCGUGGAGCCAGACGAGAGCCCGGCGUCGUCCAUGGGCGCGGCCCUGCUGUUCCGCAGACCUCUGUCCAUGCUUGCCUGCUGUCUGGUGCGUGUCUGUCCUGUCCCGCAGCCUUGUUGAAAAGGCUUGUCUGGCUUCGUGUGUGUUUGCUCUGUGUCAGCGUCGCUGUAAGACAACUGCUCUGUGUCCUGGCAGGGACAGCGCAGGCGGCCCCUCCCCGCAGCUGGGAGUGGGCAGCAGCCCCAUCCUCCAGCCUGAGCCUUCGGAGAGGGGCCGUGCUGGCCUCACUUCCCUGGGCCAUCGGGUGCCCCUGCCCCAGGUGUGCCAGGCGUGCCAGGUUGCCAGACUGGAAAGCACCCCCAGAGCCAGCUGGGAGGCCGGUGGUUAAUGCCUGCUCCGCGGACAGAGCUGCUGGCCUCGCCACCUCGGGCGGGACACUGAGUGACCCGGGACGAUGCCACAUGGGUAGCGAAGAUGCCGCAUCCUGUGUUCUUAACGCUGAUUAGAACGUCACUCUCGUUCCAUCGUCUGGAGUGUUCUCCCAGCUCCCCGAGGCGGAGUUUCUGCGGGACAGAGAGGACCAUGGGUCUGGGGACUGGCGAUCGGUGUGGAGUCCCAGGGUAGCCCCAGAGCUUUGGGGGAGAUGGAGGGUCAGCUGCCGUUUGGAGCUGCAGAUGCAACUCAGCAGGUGUGCGGGGGGAGAGCGGAGGCCACCGACGAGCUGGAACGGCAGUUUCUGGAGGUUGAACCCAGUCGGGAAGCCUUCCAGCCGUCUCAGCCGCUCGGCGUGAGGUGCCCCGGAGCCAGCGAGGGCCUGGCCUAGUUUCCUCCGAGCGGAGCCUUCCUGGUGCUCCCGAGCCGAGCACCCGCGGGUGCGCUGAGGCCCUUCCCAAAGUGGAGCAUGGUCUCCAUUUAGUACCUGGCCAGAAGUUUCUAAACUCAAGUGUUUCUAUUUUAGAAACUGCGAGGGCAGAGUGGAUUCUAGCGUCUUCUAGGAAAGUCUGGUGGGGCUCAAACCGCGUUGAGUCUGAGUGCUUCAGGGCUCAGCGGCCGCCGUUACCUGUCUCGCACUGAUUGAUUCAUUAUGCACGACGCUGGGCCUCACGUCCGGUGAACAUGACCCCUGGCCUGUGCGUGGGUUUUCCAGCAGUUGCCCGGGAUUGAGCUAAAUAAACAAGUCCAUCUGUGA